AUGAUUGCCCAACGUGUUGGCGUGACUGCUUUGCGCAGAGGUCCGGCCGGGCUAUUCGCCCAACUGCCCAGAGCAGCUGCCCUUCAAACCCGACCGGUGACGACAUCCAAAAUCUCCCAAGAAGACGGCCACCAGAUCCUCGUCAACCAGCGCCUGCAGCGCCCCGUCUCCCCCAACCUGGGCAUCUACAAGAUCGAACAGACCUGGCUCGGCCACUCGGCGUGGACGCGCAUCACGGGCUGCACCCUCUCCGGCGCAGCGUACCUCUACUUCACGGCGUAUCUGGGCGCGCCGCUUCUGGGGUGGCACCUCGAGACGGCGAGUCUUGUGUCGAGCUUUGCGGCCCUGCCGUUUGCUGUUAAGGGCGGGAUCAAGUUCAUGCUGGGGUUCCCGUUUGCGUACCACUUCAUCAAUGGGUUGAGACACUUGUGGUUUGAUUUGGGCAAGGGGUUUGCGAAGCCGAGUAUUAAGAAGGGUGAGAUGGCGCUCUGGACGUCGAGUAUUUUGGGGGGAUUGUUCUUGGCUUUCGGUUUGUAA